AUGUCUCAGUAUAACCUUGGAGGUGUUGCAUUCCCAGGAGGACACACUGCAAGUGAACCAUCGGACCCCUGGAGGAGUAAUGCCCCUUCUACGUCAUCUGAAGCAGGACCAGCUGCCCCUGCGGAUGAACCCCAUACCAGCAGCACACCCAAGGUGUCGGGAGUAGUCAGAAACUCGUCGCCCAUCGCCCUGCCAGAAUUCACAACACCUCAGACCUGGAAAUGGCAGGGAAUCCCUUACGCAACAAUUGAGGCAGCCACAGACGCCACUGCACCCAACACCAUCCCAAACGACGUCAAGGGAUGGACAAUGAACAUGGUAGCCCAGAUCGGCACCCUCUCCACCAACAAUGAACGGCUCAUCAAGUUGAACAACAGUCUGACGCUCGAAGCCCAAGCAAUUCGCAAGGACUUCGAAGACUACAAGGAUGAAGUAAAGGGUCAGAUGGACACCCUUUACGGCAACAUGGUUGCCCUGAAGGAGGCACAGGAGAAGACCAUGACCUACAUCAUUGGCUUAGAGUCUCGACUCAACAAUGCCAUCAUCAAUGCGCCCUCCACAGGUAUCCAACCACUGGCCGGCCAAUCUAGUCAAUCACCUCACCGAAUUAAGCUCCCCGAUCCUCCCAAGUAUUCGGGAAGGAAGUCGUCGAAAAAUUUUGAAACCUGGUUCACGAACCUGCUCAUUUGGCUCGACUAUAACCAUUUCAUGGAUGACAAGGACAAAAUUCGGCAAGCCAACGUGCAUCUGGAAGGCGGAGCUGCUCUAUACAUGAAGGAGUGUGCAAUCAAGCUCGCCUCUGGACAAGACGUUGGCACAUGGGCAGAAUAUACUCGAAAACUAGAAAUGACAUACAAGAUGCUUGACCCCAAGUGCACGGCAUAA